AUGAGCGGCGCUGCUGCUUGCGUCUGCCAGGUUUUCUAUGCGUACCGAAUCUUUAUAUUGUCGAAGUCUCAAAUUGUCCCGAUAUUCGUCACCUGUGUAUCCCUAACAAGUUCUGUGGGAGCUUUAAUCACAGGCGUCUACUCUUUCCAAGCUGGUAGCAUCAUUAACCUCAGUAGCAUGAAGGUAUCCAUCGCCAUCGGGAUUUGGUGUGGUGCCUCUGCCCUGUGUGAUAUCGUCAUCGCUAUCUGUAUGACUUACUACCUUAUGCGCAGUAAUACCAAUUUCCGUCGCACUCGAGUUCUGGUCACAAAACUAAUUCGUCUCAUCAUUGAAACGGGAACUGUGACAGACAUUCUAUACGACGCCAGCCCUCAUUAUGCCCAAGCUUAUGCUAACACUGUUUACGUGGUGCUCAAUUCGCGAAUCCAAAUUUUAGGUGGACGGGAUACCUAUACGCCUCCAGUUGAUAUGAAUAUCACGAGUUCUAGCUUAGGGGAUACGAGUUCCCAAUCAACAGAAGGCAUAAGGCGAACAGAAAGACGGGCGCCAGUAGUCGCGAUAGCCAAAGAGGUAUUCAGCGAUGGUUAUGAAAUGGGUCGGAUGAAUGACAAACCACAGGACUACAGCAUGAGCCUCUCCGCCUAA